UAGGCUACAGCCACACAGCCUAGGCUUAAAUUUGGCUCAUAUCACCCCCCAUAGCGCAUAUUUUCAGGUGACGGCUAUGCAAAAAGACUACAGCUUGGUGCACGCGAAGGAACUGCGCCGGCAACCAGCCGUUUUAUGACAACAAUUGCUACACUAGUUUGUAAAGAUAAAAUUACCAACUGAUAUACCAAAUGGUUUCUUCUGCACAAAUAAUUACCUCUUCCUCAAAAUACCGAACAGUUGGCAGCAACACUUAUUCUGUAGCUAACUAGCUACUACCACGUUCUAACUAAUUUGUUGCACGUUUUCAUUAUUUAUCAGAAUGUCGGACACUCUAGGGGACGGAAAGUUGGAGCUGAAACAAGCCAGCAAAGAAGUAAAGGAGAGCGAGAACGUGGCGGAAAAAUACUCAGCCAUGACAGUGAACAAGAACAGCGAAAUUGUCAUGGGUGAACUGUCAGUGUCGUCCGCUGCGUUUAGUGCGGUACCUACUCACAAACCUGUCAAAAAGCAAAUCCAGUUUGUGGAAGACAAGCAAGAGUUCAGCAGGUUUCCUACCAAGGCAGGACGACGCUCCCUGUCUCGAUCGAUCUCUCAGUCAUCCACCGACAGCUACAGCUCAGCUGCGUCCUACACAGACAGCUCUGACGAUGAAACUUCACCACGGGACAAAACACAGCUCAAUUCCAAGGGCACCAACGACUUCUGUGUGAAGAACAUCAAACAGGCCGAAUUUGGUCGCCGCGAGAUUGAGAUUGCAGAACAAGAUAUGUCAGCAUUAAUCUCGCUCAGGAAGAGAGCCCAGGGAGAGAAGCCACUUGCUGGGGCUAAAAUCGUUGGCUGCACUCACAUCACUGCCCAGACUGCAGUGUUGAUUGAGACUCUGGUGGCACUGGGGGCCCAGUGUCGCUGGACAGCCUGUAACAUCUACUCCACACAGAAUGAAGUGGCAGCUGCCCUCUCAGAGAUCGGUGUGGCUGUUUUUGCCUGGAAGGGGGAAUCGGAGGAUGACUUCUGGUGGUGUAUCAACAAGUGCAUCAACAUGGAGGGGUGGCAGCCUAACAUGAUCCUUGAUGACGGAGGGGACUUGACUCACUGGGUGUAUAAGAAAUACCCCAACGGCUUCAAGAAGAUCAGGGGCAUUGUGGAGGAGAGUGUGACUGGGGUCCACAGGUUGUACCAGCUGUCCAAAGCAGGCAAGCUGUGUGUGCCAGCCAUGAACGUAAAUGACUCUGUGACAAAGCAGAAGUUUGACAACCUCUACUGCUGCAGAGAGUCUAUCUUGGAUGGCCUGAAGAGGACCACAGACGUGAUGUUUGGAGGAAAGCAGGUGGUUGUCUGUGGUUAUGGAGAGGUUGGGAAAGGUUGCACUGCUGCACUGAAAGCCAUGGGAUCCAUUGUCUACGUCACAGAGAUUGAUCCCAUUUGCUCCCUGCAGGCCUGCAUGGAUGGCUUCAGGGUGGUCAAGCUUAAUGAGGUCAUCCGUCAGGUGGACAUCAUCAUCACAUGCACUGGGAAUAAGAACGUGGUGACCAGGGACCAGCUGGACCGUAUGAAGAACGGCUCCAUCGUGUGCAACAUGGGACACUCCAACACUGAGAUUGACGUGGCGAGCCUGCGGACCCCAGAGCUGACUUGGGAGAGAGUGUGCUCUCAGGUGGACCAUGUCAUCUGGCCUGAUGGCAAGAGGGUCAUCCUGCUGGCCGAGGGUCGUCUCCUGAACCUCAGCUGCUCCACAGUUCCUACUUUCGUCCUGUCAAUCACAGCCACGACCCAGGCUCUGGCUCUUAUUGAGCUGUACAAUGCUCCAGAGGGCCGCUACAAACAGGAUGUCUACUUGCUUCCCAAGAAGAUGGAUGAGUAUGUUGCCAGCCUGCACCUGCCCACCUUUGAUGCCCACCUAACGGAGCUCUCAGAUGAGCAGGCCAAGUACCUGGGCCUCAACAAGAAUGGCCCAUUCAAACCCAACUACUACAGGUAUUAGCUUGCAUGAACGGCCCACAACUCUGCACUCCUUGACUUGGACAAGGCUUGGAUGACCAGAAGAUAAUGAAAUAUAUAUUUAGUUUUUUUAGAGACACUUCACUCCUAUUCCUUCAUCUUCUACAGUAGGUGUGACCCUGUUUCACUUGCUGUUUUGUGUAUUUAGUUUCACCAUUAGUUCUGGAAAUACACACUCUAAGAAACCAACAUACAGGACCCCACUGGUCAUGAAUCACCAAUUGAAAGUACAGCACCUAAACUCAGCUGUCUGCUUGAGAUAUAUACACACGUCUGAUUUCAUUCCCACUCUCCAGUAGAAUAAGACAUUUUUCUGAUGUUUUAUUUGUAGUUUGAUAGAUCUUUAUUAUUGUGCCAAUUGACUGUGUAGGGAAGGGGAUUGUUGUAAUUGAGAUUUAUAUUUUCUGUCUGCAUUGAUGUCGCUCUUCUCAAAUAAUUACAUUCCAGCCAAGGGAACAGGGAGAAAUGGCCUCCACACUAGAAAGACUCAACCUCAGUGUUCCAUUUAAAGACAUUGUCACGUUUCCUGCUGGACCAUGUGUAUACCCAUAUAGAUGUUUACUAGCAGCUUGUCAUUUUACUGAUCUCUAUCUCUCUUCCUCUGAAACAGAACUGAGGAAGAGAGAUAGAUAGAAAAUAUGAGUAUCUGUACUGACUGUACUGUAUUGGGGCGGCAGGUAGCCUAGUGGUUAGAGUGUUGGGCCAGUAACCGAACGGUUGAAAGAUCGAAUCCCCGAGCUGACAAGGUAAAAAUCUGUCGUUCUGCCCCUGAACAAGGCAGUUAACCCACUGUUCCUAGGCCGUCAUUGUAAAUAAGAAUUUGUUCCUAACUGGCUUGCCUAGUUAAAUAAUUUUUUUUUUUUUUAAAUAGACUAAAAGGGCAAUAUAUGAUUUUCUUUGUAUAGUCCAUGUGUGCAUGUACAGUACAGAAAUGCAAUUAUCUUCACUAACAACAUUUAGAAGUGUAAGAUACAGAAAGGUAUGUGUAACCAGAAGAGUGACUAUCCAAUCUGCCACUGGUUUUGAUUGAGUCUCACAUGGUAAUAACACUGGAAUGUUUUGCAUUGUAGGAGUCUUAUCAGGCUCAAAGGACAAUAGUGCAUUGCCAUUUCUCCAUCCCUGGUCUAAACAAUGUGGAAUUAAGUUUAUUGAAGUGAUUUUUUUAAAAUGCAGUAGUUGGCUGAUUUUAGUAUUGUUAUUACUAGUAGUAACUAGUAUCCCUUUUUGUGUGACGUGAAUCUGUUUUUCACUUAACGUUCCUGAUCACCAUGUUGUCCUUCUGUCUGUUCUCUGCAUCCAUACUUGCCUGUUUUCAUGUCACCAUCACAUUGAAGGUCUACUCCAUAAGGAGAGUUGUUAUUCGGUUGAGUAAUGUUUUUUAGUUCCACCUGCAGAUGAAUAUUACAGAGGGUAAAUAAUCUGUAUGUAUUACCGGUCGGUUGAAUACAGACCACAUCUGUGUGUACAAUUUUCAGUGUUUUCUGUCCUUCCAUUUUAGCUGUGUGAAACAAAAGAUACUGUUUUAUUUAUAUAUAUAUUAGCUGAUGUAACUGUGAUAUAAAGCGCUUUCUUCUUUGCACUAAAAGCUGUUGAGCAUUACAACCAAGGACAUAUGCGUGAGAAGGACAUUGUUGGCGUGGUAUUGGUGUCGUAACUUUGGUUACUGGUCAAGUGACAGUGCCUUGUGACCCAUCUGCUACUGCACGUAUUCAUCACUUGUAGGAUUAUGUCUGUCCACUCUAUUCCUCUUUGAAAGCUGUCCAACAGUGUUCUGAUUCUGCAGUAUAAUCACUAUGCACCAAGAUGUGCAUCACUGUAGUGGUCUCAUAAAGAUUUGUACUUAUUGGGGGUACCCAAACUGCUUAAUGUGUCAGCAUUUAGUUAUUUCCAUUGUAAGAGAACAUAAUAGUUUGAAUUUACCUGUUUUGGACUUACCAUUGUUUUUGAAGCUACAGUAAAUAUUUUUCUUCCCUUGGAUAUUAUCUGUAUAGCACUACCAAAAGCAUGCCAUGAAGUAAAACCAGAAUGCCUUUACAUGCACUGUGUUGAUUACAAUGCCUCUGAAUUCAAAUUCUGUUUUAGUUAAUUGAAUCUCUCAUACUUUAGAUUUGUUUAUACUGUCAGAACCAUAACGUCUAGCAGGAUGUCAUAAUAACUGACAAAUAUAGUCAGUUAAUGAAACCAUGUCUAGCAGUUAAGUGUUAUCUGACCAGCUCACAAGUCCAGGGUCAUUUGGAUGUUGUAUGCAACAGUGUUCUGCAAUUUGGGCUAAUUGAGUGACUGUCGGUGACUGACAUAACAGAAACUGCUGAUGCACACAAUCAAAUUUCAUAAUUGCACCUUGUGUAUUCUACUAUUCCAACUAUCAAAAAUAAGUUGAGACCCCGACUGAGUUCCUAAAAUGUAUUUAUUUAUUUUUUGGGUGAAAUUGAUCCGCAGGCCUACAAAAGGGGGGCCAGUGCACAUCCCUGAUUUAAAGCAAGGAUCAAUGUGAUGUACAUGAUGUGAGAAUCGCUUAUGUAUCUCUGGUUGUGACAAAACAACCUUUUUUAUUUGAGCUUUGCAAAUUAAAUUAUAUUGUUAAAUUAUACAGUACUAUGUAUUAUUUUUCUGUGUAUUAUCUGAGUGGUUGAUGUAUAGUCUGGCUGAGUCACAAUUCAAGUUGUUUUACUUUAAUCUGACUGCUCUCUGAUGCUGCUAUUUAUUUUUCUGCUUUCUGUUGGUUGAUGUGUACCGAUCCCUUUAAUAAACUUUUCGAUGUUUGAAAUAAAAACUGCUAGUGCA